AGGUUGCACCCGUCCACCGGAAACGGAGCUGUCACUCGGAAAGCCUGCUGUGUCCUUGUUAGCUAACGAGCCAGUUAGCUGCCGUUGCAGGCGAGCAAAUGUGUUUCGUGUGGAAUAAUGAAUUAAAUCGCUGCCACAGGGUGGAUUUGUAAGAGAUUCGUGCUUGCCCGCUGUUGGUGACGACACUAUGUGGCGUGUCGGGAGCAAGGCGGCCUGCCUGGCCUGCAGGAACCUGGUCUCCACUAACAUGGGAGUGAGGUUCCGGGUCCCGCUGCAGAAGCUGCACCCCCUGUCCCGUGCCAUCCACCACCGCUACUCAGCGAACGCCAACCCCCAGCGUCCUCCUCAUCGCACGGCGGCCCGUCAUUUCACCUCCAUGUCCCGACUGCCCAUGAGGCCACCCAAGCCUCCCUCGGGGUCGGGGGGCCACGGCUACCAGCAGCAGCGCAACUUCUGGGUGGCGCGCCUGGCGGCCAGGCUGCUGAGGCUUCGAUACAUUCUGCUGGGCUCGGCGGUGGGAGGAGGCUACACCGCUAAAAAGACCUACGACGAGUGGAAAGACAUGCUGCCCGAUUUUAGUGAAUACAACUGGGUCAUCCCUGAUUUUGUCUGGGAACUGAGUGAACAAAUCGAUUUCGAGAAACUGGCCAAAGCCCUACCAGAAAUCGAAGAAAUCGCUAAACUCCUUCCUGACCUGGACAAGAUAGGAGAGAACUUUACCUUCCUCAAAAGCAUCCUGUCCUCUGGUGUGAGUUUGGGUAGUGAAGUCAAAGGAGCUUCUGGUCUGCAUCUGUUGUUAGAAACCUCAGGUGAGCCUCCGCUAAAAGCCACAGACGCUCCUACAGCCUCCACACAGGACAGCAGCGACAAACAGUACAAGAAGGGUCUGCUUGGCGAGCUCAUUCUCAUUCAGCAGCAGAUUCAGCGGCACGAGGAAGAAGUCCGGCGGGCUGCUGCGGCCAAUAGCGCGCGUCCCCCACCGCCAGAGCCCGCCCCCAGUCCACCUCCGAACCCCAGCCCCAGACCCCAUGAGCAGAAACGCAAGUCGUCAGACAAAGAAAAGAUAGACCAGCUUCAAGAGGAGCUGCUCCGUACCCAGCUGAAAUAUCAACGCAUGCUGGAGAGACUGGAGAAGGAGAAUAAGGAGUUGAGGAAAGUGGUGCUGCAGAAAGAUGAUAAAGGGAUUCACCAAAGGAAAAUCAAGAAAUCCCUUAUUGACAUGUACUCUGAGGUGCUGGACAUCCUGUCUGACUAUGACUCCAACUACAACACCCAGGAUCAUCUACCUAGGGUGGUUGUGGUCGGGGAUCAGAGUGCUGGGAAGACCAGUGUGCUGGAAAUGAUCGCCCAAGCCAGGAUCUUUCCCCGAGGCUCUGGAGAGAUGAUGACACGUUCUCCUGUCAAGGUAACACUAAGCGAGGGACCUCAUCACGUGGCCAUGUUCAAAGACAGUGGCCGAGAGUUUGAUCUCAGUAAGGAAGAGGAUCUGGCUGCCCUGAGGCAUGAGAUAGAGCUGAGGAUGAGGAAGAGUGUGAAGGAGGGUCAGACAGUCAGCCCGGAGACAAUAUCUCUGAGCGUCAAAGGCCCUGGCAUCCAGAGGAUGGUGCUUGUUGACUUACCAGGCGUCAUCAGUACUGUGACCACGGGCAUGGCAGCAGACACUAAGGAAACCAUCUUCAGCAUCAGCAAGGCCUACAUGCAGAACCCCAACGCAAUCAUCCUCUGUAUUCAGGAUGGUAGUGUGGAUGCAGAGCGAAGCAUUGUGACGGACUUGGUAAGCCAGAUGGAUCCCCAGGGGAAGAGGACCAUCUUUGUCCUGACCAAGGUGGACCUGGCUGAGAAGAACCUGGCCAGCCCCAGCAGAAUCCAACAGAUAGUCGAAGGCAAGCUGUUCCCCAUGAAGGCCCUGGGUUACUUUGCUGUGGUGACAGGAAAAGGCAGUAGUGGUGAAAGCAUAGACUCCAUAAAAGACUACGAGGAGGACUUCUUCCAGAACUCACGAUUACUGAGGGAUGGCAUGUUGAAGGCCCACCAGGUGACUACCAAGAACUUGAGCCUGGCCGUGUCUGACUGCUUUUGGAAGAUGGUUCGGGAGUCUGUUGAGCAGCAGGCUGACGUCUUCAAAGCAUCCCGCUUCAACUUGGAGACAGAGUGGAAGAACAACUACCCUCGUCUGAGAGAGCUGGACAGGAAUGAACUCUAUGAAAAGGCAAAAAAUGAAAUCUUGGAUGAAGUCAUUAGUUUGAGCCAAGUAACCCCAAAACACUGGGAAGCAAUCCUUCAGAAGAAACUGUGGGAACGUGUUUCCACGCAUGUGAUUGAGAACAUCUACCUGCCAGCUGCCCAAACCAUGAACUCAGGCACUUUCAACACCACUGUGGACAUCAAGCUCAAACAGUGGACCGACAAGCAGCUUCCACACAAAGCACUGGAGGUUGCCUGGGAGACACUGCAGGAAGAGUUUGCCCGCUUCAUGGCUGAAUACAAAGGCAAAGACCAGGAUGACAUUUUCGACAAGCUGAAGGAGGCCGUGAAGGACGAGAGCAUCAAGAGGCACAAGUGGAAUGAGAUGGCCAUGGACAGCCUGAGGGUGAUCCAGCACAAUGCCCUAGAAGACCGCUCCAUCACAGACAAGCCCCAGUGGGAUGCAGCCAUCCAGUUCAUGGAGGAAACCCUGCAGUCACGCCUCAAAGACACUGAGUCAGUAAUCGGCGACAUGGUGGGACCAGACUGGAAGCAGAGGUGGAUGAACUGGAAGAACCGUACACCAGAACAGCACAUCCGUAAUGAAACCAAAAAUGAGUUGGAGCGCCUGCUGAAACUCCACGAGGACCACACAGCCUAUCUGGCUAAUGAUGAGGUCACCACGGUCCGGAAGAACCUGGAGGGGCGGGGGGUUGAAGUCGACCCUGUGCUGAUCAAGGACACGUGGCAUCAGCUGUAUCGCCGUCACUUCCUGCAGAAGGCCCUGGCCCACUGUAACCUGUGCAAGAGAGGAUUCUACUACUACCAGAGGCACUUUGUCGACUCUGAGUUGGAGUGCAAUGAUGUGGUACUGUUCUGGAGGAUUCAGAGGAUGCUGGGCAUCACUGCCAACACUCUCCGCCAGCAGCUCACCAACACUGAGGUGCGUCGGCUUGAGAAGAAUGUGAAGGAGGUCCUGGAGGACUUUGGAGAGGACACAGAGAAGAAGACCCAGCUAAUCACCGGCCGCCGAGUCCAGCUGGCCGAGGACCUCAAGAAAGUGCGUGAGAUCCAGGAGAAACUUGAAGCCUUCAUAGAAGCUCUUCACAAGGAGAAAUAGGAGAACCAGAAGCAUUGACAGCCAAUAAGUGGAUCCCAGCAAAGUAAUGCACUGAGCAAAGACAACUACUUAAGCCCCCCCUCUGUAAAUGGCUGUCAUCGUCCCCAGGCCCCGCCCCGCCCCGCCCUGCCCCGCCACUCAUCUGAUUUUAACGUCCACCGCUUCGCUUAGUGCCCCCUCUACGCUGACGGAAAGAAGGACCUGAAGAGAAGGAUAAAACUGAGCAACAGUUUUCAGGCUUUCUCUUUAUUUUUCUAUUUUUAUUUUUUAUGUUUUUUUGGGUUUUUUUUUUUUUUUUUCCUUUCCUUGCAAGCUGCCCAGGGACUAGAGGGGGACGUCUCCUCUGUGCACCGCAGCCCAAACACUGGCAGAAGAAGGAAGCAAAAGAGACAAGCUUCCCCAGUCAGACACCUGACCACUCCCUGCCUCCUCGACUCUCCCUCUCCCUCGUUUUUGAAUAAAUGAGGAUGUUGUACAUGUUUUUCUCCCCAAUGUCUUUACUCCAGCGGUAGCCGUGUGUAUGUGUGCGUGCAGGGUGUGUGUUCACUGAUGUACAUUGCGCGUGUGUGUGUGUAUAUACAGAGGAACACUGUCGGCGUGGUUCUUGAUAGGUAAAAUAGCCUUGAAUUUCAUAUGUUUGCCUGGCGCUGUGCCCCUAAAAUAUGCCAUGUUCCCUUUCCUGGUACUCUUUAAUUAAUGACAUUUCCUUAAACCCAACCUUCACCAGACCUUUUCCGGCUGCUCUUAGGAUCCAAAGCACUUUGGUUGGCCUACCAAGCUAGCUGUAUCCCAACUCUACAUGUAAUCCUCAGUGAAAGAGUGUUUAGCGCCAGCGGACGGACUUUACGCAACUCUUAAAAGACACUUAACUUCAAUUUCCACAACUUUAGCACUGUUGUAUCUCUGAUGGGUAAGCAUCUCUGUACCAUAGGUGUUGGAAACAAAGUAAUGUAUAGAUAUAAAUCUGAUUUAUUGCUGUAGUGGAUUUUAUUUGAUAGAUAUGUGUCUGCCAAAUGCACAUAUAGAACGUCAUACCUCUAACCCCGCCCCACUCUCUCCACACUUGUCUGUGUGUGCACAUCCAUCACGCCAGGGGUCUUCACGUUCAUGUUUCAUCGGCAACCUCCAUGUAGCAUUGCAUAGCAACUGAAAAUGUAACAGCUGAGGAAUAAUGUAGUAAUUUGUCAGAAAACAACAAAAUGCCCCUCUGUAUGUGAUGAAAAUAUCAGAACAUUAAAAUGGCCUUGCAAUAAGGGGAGCAACAGAUUUUUAACUGAUUUAAUAACGCUUCAUAAUAAGUUGUUUUAUAGCAUCCUUACAAGAUACGACAUUGUUAGUCAGCAUUAUUAUUACAUCAUCAGGUUAAAAUGUUACACCCCUUAUGAAGUCACAUUUGCCAUAUUCAUAUUCAGCAAUUUAUUAUAUCAGCAGGUUGAAUUUGCAUUUUCGGUCCCUUCAUAGGGCCUUUAUAUUACUUUUUGACAAGCGGUUACAUUCUCCCUCAGUUGCUACACUUCAGUUCUUAAUGGACUUUGGGCCAAGGUUUUAGUUUUUAUUGGUCCAGUCGGCACAGGGUGGACGGCUCACCUCGAUGCGUCUCCACACGGCAUCAAGCUCAGCUGCUCUCGCACUUUGUUCUCUUGUGGUGACACGACACGGGCCGUCUCUGGUACCUGCCCUCUCCUUCCUCUCUCCUCUGAAUCGACAUCAAGCUCAUACGCCUCUUUCAGGGAUGAGAUCAGAAACACACACACAAAAAAAAAACAUAAUAAUAAACUCUGGAAAAAGGUAAUCUCACUGUGUUAUUGAAAAGGAGUUGUAUGCCCAGGAAAAUUGUCGGGGGAGAUUUCAAACUGAAAAUUUCUGUCUUUGCUUUUGGCAACUCACUCGUCUCCGCUACCCGUCUCCGUCCUGGCGCUGCUGUCUCCGCACCUCUCCUUAUAUUGUGCUGUUCUCAUUUUUAUCCUCCGCUUAAGCCACUAUGAACUCUCUCUUUCCACCUCUAUAACUCCCUCGCUUCUCAUCACCUGUCCCGCUGUCCACUCACUCUUGAAAAAGUAUCUGUUAAUUGACUGAUUGAGGGCAGAGCGACUGCUUCAGCCCUAAUCAAUAAAUAUAAUAUACCGUGCUUUGUGUACAGGGAAAGUUAAUGAGAAAUCUUGAAGCUGUCCUAUGAGGAGUGGGACACUUGUGUCACAGGAUAUCAGUGGGUUGGUUCAAAAAAAAUAAAAUAAACGUAUUUCUCUUAUGUUGUAGAAUGUACUGUUUGCAUGGUGUACCCCAUCAGAUGUGCUUUAUUUAUUAAAUGAUUGUGUUUGAGAGGAAAAUAAAAAUUAAGACCUUUUCCA